AUGGGGUCAUCAUGGAAGGCCACAGUCUUGCUAACAUGGCUUCUGGCUGCAGAAUCAGUACACGGCCUUCCGCAAUCGCAGCCUAUUGGCAGCGUUGCGGAAAGCAUCUUGGAGCAGACGGCUACAGAGCCUAGUACUGCUUUCAAGACUCAGUAUCCACCGUCAAAUUCUGAAGCGCGAGUGUUAAUUCCAGAGGCCUCGCCGAUCUACCGGAUUGCCCUCGAUACCGAGGGUCAUCCGGCCGAACCUCCUUUUCCGUCAACAAAUGUCAUCCGGGUUCUAGACGGCAUCGCGGACUUGUUGUCUCCCGACAAUUCGAGUGCCAAUUCUAGUCUAUCGGCUACAUCUGUACUUCCUGCCACAGCUCCGGCGACAGUCGCUUCUCCAACGGACGUACCGAGCCAAGGUGCAUCCACCAAUCUGCCUGGACCUUCCAACGAUUCAAUUGCCAAUUCUAGUCUAUCGGCUACAUCUGUACUUCCUGCCACAGCUCCGGCGACAGUCGCUUCUCCAACGGACGUACCGAGCCAAGGUGCAUCCACCAAUCUGCCUGGACCUUCCAACGAUUCAAUUGCCAAUUCUAGUCUAUCGGCUACAUCUGUACUUCCUGCCACAGCUCCGGCGACAGUCGCUUCUCCUACGAACGUACCGAGCCAAGGUGCAUCCACCAAUCUGCCUGGACCUUCCAACGAUUCAAUUGCCAAUUCUAGUCUAUCGGCUACAUCUGUACUUCCUGCCACAGCUCCGGCGACAGUCGCUUCUCCAACGGACGUACCGAGCCAAGGUGCAUCCACCGAUCUGCCUGGACCUCCAGACGAUCCUGAUUCCCCAUCUGAUAUGGACGACCAGGAUGUCUUCGAGCCAGUGGCCACUAAUGCGCCUCCUGCGAAUAUCAAGGCUCGUCACGAUCACCCGGUGAAGAAUCUCCAUGCCAAUACUUCUAAACCAAUUGAAACCAAUAAGUUCUACGCUGGACUAUUCCUUGGAACUCAGACAAAUGCUAGCUUCACACAGCCCUAUUCUCUCAGUUGGUCAAGAGGACAAGGUACCCUCAAGAGCUAUGGUGUUGGCGUCUCGCAUCUGGAAGCUAAGGUACUGGCAUUUGGUCCAAAAAACGAUAAACUCCCAGGUAGGCCUGUUGAGUACUACAUCAAUCCCGUGGGCCUUCAGCAUAUUGUUCUAUCGGCCACCGAGCUAGAUAAGAAGAGUGUCCUCGGCGUUGAGAAGCCCAGGGCUUUCUCCGCCCACGCUGUCUUGAAACGCUCUGCUAGUUCCGAUCAAAGCAUUACCUUCCCUGUUGUUCAAGGUAUGGGAUAUAUCACCGGUAUCUACAACCGUCUUCAACCCCUGAUCGAGAGCGGGGUUUUCUUCCGCAAGGUUGUCCGCGCUGGAUCGCCCAAGUCGGGAAUCUUCAAGUACCAGGUCGCUCUGGAAGAUGGCACACACUGGGUACUCUAUGUAACUCCCAACGAUGGAAAUGACCCCAACCUGAAAUUGGUUUCCAAGUCGAGCAUCCGUGGAACUCAUGGGUUCUCUGGUACUAUUCAGAUUGCCAAGAACCCUGCUGGCAAAUCGGGUGAGAAGUUCUACGACAACUCUGCUGGUGUGUAUCCCGUUUCAGGACACAUUACUGGCUCUGUGACUGGCGAUGCUGGCUCAUACAGCUUGGCUUGGACCAAAGCCGGAAAACACGCCCACAGAACACCCCUCAUCAUGUUCGCCUUGCCGCAUCACGUCGAAUCCUUUGACGACGGCACUGCCGCGCGUGUCACCAGCAUACACCUUCGGAGUACUACCAAGGGAAAUGCGACUGCCGUCAUUGGCGAUAGCUGGGCGAUGGUUGAGCCCGAUCUCCCGGUUGACAUGGGAUUUGCUCCUUGGUCAGCGACCUCAGGCAAUGUCCAUGCCUUAUCCCCUCAAGCCAAGAAAGCAAUUGUCGAGGUUGCUCCCUACGAACUGCAGCAGAACAUCUCCGAGCAGAGCAACCUGAACAGCAUGUAUUACAGCGGCAAAGCCCUAAGCAAGUUCGCAACUCUCGUCUGGACUGUUUCCCAACUUGGCGGUGAUUUGCAUGCAGCCAGCGAUGCCUUCAAGGAACUCAAGACCAGCUUUGCGCGCUUUGUGAAUAAUCAACAAGAGUACCCUCUCGCAUAUGACUCGGUCUGGAAGGGUGUUGUCUCGACAGCAGGAUACAAAGGCGAUUUGAACCAAGAUUUCGGCAAUACCGCGUACAACGAUCACCAUUUCCACUACGGCUACUUCAUCCAGGCUGCGGCGAUCAUUGGCUCUCUUGACUCCAGCUGGCUAGACCAGAACAAGGACUGGGUCAACAUGCUGGUCCGUGAUGCCGGCAAUUCAGUGGAGAAUGACCCGCAUUUCCCCUUCUCUCGUGCCUUUGACUGGUUCAACGGUCACUCUUGGGCCAAGGGCCUCUUCGAGUCCUACGAUGGCAAGGACGAGGAGUCCACUUCAGAAGACACCAUGUUUGCGUAUGCUGUGAAGAUGUGGGGUCGUACGAUCGGCGAUGCGAGUAUGGAGGCUCGCGGCAACUUGAUGCUGGGCAUCAUGCGCCGAUCUCUGGACAACUACUUUCUCAUGCGCAACAACAACAUCAACCAACCCUCCAAAUUUAUCGGAAACAAGGUCACCGGCAUUCUCUUUGAAAACAAGGUCGACCACACCACAUACUUCGGUAACAGCUUAGAAUUCAUUCAAGGAAUUCACAUGCUCCCUCUCCUCCCCAACUCCGCCUACACACGAACCCCGCAAUUCGUGGCCGAGGAGUGGGAAGCCAUGUUCGCGCCGAAUGCCUCCACCCCUGCCGACAAGGUCAAGGGAGGCUGGAAGGGCGUCCUGUUCGCUAAUUUGGCCCUUGUCAACCCCAAGGCAUCAUGGAGCUUCUUCGCCCAGCACCACUUUGACUACAGCUGGAUUGACGGCGGUGCCACACGUACAUGGUACCUAGCCUAUGCUGCUGCCCUUGGCGGUCUGUAG